GGCGGGGCCGCGCCGCCUCAGAGCCGCGGCCAUGGCGGGCUUCGUGAGGGAGCUGGAGCGGCGGGCCGGGCCGGCGCUGCGGCUGGAGCAGCGGGCGGCCGGCGGCGUGGGCUGUGUGGUGUGGGACGCCGCGCUGGUGCUCGCCAAGUUCUUGGAGACCGGCGCCUGCCCCCUCGCCCGCCGCCACGUCCUGGAGCUGGGCGCGGGCACCGGCGCCGUCGGCAUCAUGGCAGCCACGCUGGGGGCGAACGUGACGGUCACAGACCUGGAGGAGCUGCAGGAGCUGUUGAUGGUUAAUAUUGAGAAUAACAAGCACCUGGUCACAGGUUCCGUCCGAGCCAAGGUACUGAAAUGGGGUGAAGAUGUAACAGAAUUUCAGCCUCCCCCCGAUUAUAUACUCAUGGCUGAUUGCAUUUACUAUGAGGAGUCCUUGGAGCCCUUGCUGAAGACCCUGAAGGACCUGACUGGCCCUGACACUUGUGUGCUGUGCUGCUAUGAACAGAGGACGAUGGGGAAGAACCCUGAAAUUGAGAGAAAAUACUUUGAACUGCUCCAGAGGGACUUUGAGCUGGAGAAAAUUCCCCUGGAUAGGCACGACGAGGAGUAUCGGAGCGAGGACAUCCACAUCGUGAGCAUCCACAGGAAGCAGAUGGUAGGCCCACAGACUCCCAGGAUGCCUUGGGUUGUUGGGAAGGGACCUUAAAGCUCAUCUCAUUCCACACCCUGCCGUGGGCAGGGACACCUUGCACUGGAAUGGUUCAUGGCACCAGCACAGCUACUGCUGCCAGGAAUUCCCAGAGCUGCUGUUUCCUUGGCACAGCGUGAGCACUCCAGGGGUGUGCUCCAGUCUGACUGUGAAAUUUGGGACCCCGUGGAACCACAGCCCUGCUGUACAAAGGAGCUGCUUUGUUCCCAAUCCUGGUGCUCCAGGUGCCAGUCUUCCUCUUCAGCGCUACCUGUGAGCUUCACAUUUCUCCUGCUUCCAUGCACUGGUGGGCUGGGAUCUCCAAACUGGAGUUUAGAGGCACCAAAGUAAUAAAAAUAAAAUGCCUGGUGCCGCUUUUGGCACCGUGGGCUCUGCUGUGC